UCACCCGCGAGUCGAUCGUCGACGAUUUCUCAGGACGUCGGAAAGUAUAUAUUUUUUCUUUAAAUUAAAAUUGUUAUGUACAAAUACUAAUAACAAAAAUGAGGAUCACUAAUGUGAGAAGGGGUCGGAUUAUCCGUAUGGGAGCAGCAUGCGCGAUCCUAUUAGUUUUAUUGUUCGCCCUUCACAAAUGGUCGGAAGAGAACGUACUAGCUUUAGAAUCCGGCGGCGUUGCAUUAAGUUUGGACUCCGAAGCUUCUUUUGUGUCCCACCGUGAUGUUUACCCGGUUUUGAAAACAGAGCUUGGUAACUUUGAGCCCCGGGACUUGAGGACGGUAAAAGGCCCUGGUGAGGAAGGGAAGCCUUACCACAUGCCACAAGACAGGGCCAAUGAUAUAGCAGAGUCUGAAAGUGAAUACGGCAUGAACAUUGCCGCUUCUAAUGACAUUGCUAUGAACAGGUCUAUACCCGACACUCGGUUAGAAGAGUGCAAGUUCUGGCAUUACCCAGUGGAGCUACCAAGCACGUCUGUCAUCAUAGUCUUCCACAACGAAGGGUUUUCUGUACUCAUGAGAACUGUGCAUUCCGUAAUCGACCGGUCGCCGCCAAAUGUGCUGCACGAAAUUGUUUUGGUAGACGAUUUCUCAGACAAAGAGAACCUUAAGUCAAACCUAGACAACUACAUUAAAAGAUGGAAGGGGAAAGUUCGUUUGAUAAGGAAUCACCAACGCGAGGGUCUCAUUCGGACUCGAUCGAGGGGAGCGCAAGAGGCGACUGGUGACGUCAUAGUAUUCCUUGAUGCUCACUGCGAAGUGAACAUUAACUGGCUACCUCCCCUUCUAGCUCCCAUUUACAGGGACUAUAGAAUCAUGACCGUACCAGUCAUCGAUGGCGUAGACCACAGAACGUUUGAAUACAGGCCUGUGUACCAACACGGUAUGAACUACAGAGGUAUCUUCGAAUGGGGCAUGUUAUACAAAGAAAACGAAGUACCUGAUAGGGAAGCAAAUCUUCACAAACACAAAUCCGAGCCUUAUAAGAGUCCGACACAUGCUGGUGGACUUUUCGCCAUAAACAGGAGAUAUUUCCUCGAAAUUGGGGCUUACGAUCCUGGUCUACUUGUGUGGGGAGGCGAAAACUUUGAACUCAGCUUCAAAAUCUGGCAGUGUGGUGGUAGUAUUGAAUGGGUCCCAUGUUCUAGGGUAGGUCAUGUAUACCGGGCGUUUAUGCCUUACUCGUUUGGAAACCUUGCGAAGAACAGAAAAGGUUCCCUUAUUACGAUAAACUAUAAGAGAGUUAUAGAGACCUGGUUUGAUGAGGAACAUAAGGAGUACUUCUACACUAGGGAACCUAUGGCUCGUUUCUUAGACAUGGGAGAUAUAAGUGAACAGCUCGCUUUAAAGGAACGGUUGAAGUGUAAGAGUUUUGGCUGGUUCAUGCAAAAUGUAGCUUAUGACGUAUAUGACAAGUUCCCGAAAUUACCCAAGAAUAUACAUUGGGGUAUGGUAUGGAAUAAGGCGACCAGUGUUUGUCUGGACACUAUGGGCAAAGGGGCUCCAGCUUAUAUAGGCACGGCAUCAUGUCACGGGUCCAGUAACAGCCAACUCUUCAGGCUGAAUGAGGCUGGUCAGCUUGGCGUUGGUGAGCGCUGUGUAGAAGCUGAUGUGGACAGUGUGAAACAAGCCUUUUGUAGACUCGGCACUGUUGAUGGACCUUGGAGUUACGACGAGGCCCGUCACCACUUAAUCCAUCGCCUACACGGUUAUUGUUUAACCCUUCAGCCGCAUUCCCGGCAACUUGGCUUAGCACCCUGCGAUCCCAACAAUACGUACCAACAGUGGACUAUCAAGCAGUCCAAGCCGAACUGGUGAGACUAACUUAGGUACUAAGCUUCGAUUUAGUUCAAUUUCGUUAAGGACCGAUGUGACGUGUCUGAACCGAUUGAAGGGGAGAGUGGGGGGAUUGUGUGUGGGGUGUUUUUAACGAAAAAAAUUGGUUUAUAGUGUUUUUUAUCUGUGAAAUGAUAGAUGUGUAUUGGAAAAAAAGUGUUGAAAUUGAAUAAAAUAAUUUACCUUUUGAUAAUCACGCAAUCAAGGGGUAAAUGAAAAAAAAAAACACAUAGGUAAAUGAAAACGUCUUAAGAAAAACAGUUAAAUCUUUGCUAAUCUCGUGAAUUUAAAGUUAUCUUUUUUUCAAUUUUCACUACAUGUCUAUCAUUUCACAUAUGUAUAUGUGCAGUAUGUAGUAAUUACAAAUUUGCCCACUAUCCCCUGUAUCCAAAAUGCGAUAAACUUUAGAGUGUCAACUUGGAAAUUCGUGUUGUGUGUCACUUAUUAUGUUUAAGUAUCUGAACUUUGUUAUGUUUAAAACCUAAUAUUUUGGUUUUUCGUAUUGUAGUACUUUUACUAUGGUAUAAUCGAAUUCGUUCUUAACAGUGUAUUUGUAUAAUUGGGCAUUGUAACUAUGGGCUUCCAAAUUCAUUGAUCAGACGGUUAGAAGUCUUCCUGGCCAGAAUGUAUUUAUCAUGAUUCCAAAAUCACAACUAUUAAUUAUGUCCAAAAUUACCUCAAUUCAUAGUAGGUAUGACAACUUCGCUUGCGCGCAUACUUUUACCAAAAAUACUACAUCAUGUAGACUUAUUAUUCGACCAUGGAGGCUUUGCUAUAUUGCAUUGCAAUUCAAGGUGACACUAAACUUAUGCAUUCAUAGACAAUUCUAAUGUAACACUUCUCUAUGGUUGUAUAAGCUUAACACGAGUAAACAGUGUGCUAAGACUCCGAUUCUCCUCUAAUAGGAGUUAAGUAGCUGUCUUCUC